UAUUUAUCUGUCUAAACUCUAAAUUCUUUUUUUACUAUAAUCAUUAAAUAUCCACACUUUUUCUUUUAGAUAUUACAAUUUCACUCAAGAAAUUACCGAACUCACUUAAGUAACUGUAAUCUGUAUCCGUAAAUCGUGUUUCAAAAGUUAGAAGUUAGAACUUGAAUUCGCAGUUCAACAAAGUGCAAUGCUAAAGUGGAUUAAGAAUACUCAUUCAAGGUGAAUGUGCACUGAAAUGAAUUUACAAACAUUAUUCCAGGAUUUUAAUCCCAGUAAAUUCGUCGUGCACACUUGUUUGUCAAUUUUUACGGCAUUACUGGCUUUAAAGUUGGACAACACAAUUGAUUGGUCCUACUGGUCAGUUUUUGCACCAAUAUGGAUUUGGAAAUUUCUUGUGGUUCUUGGUGCUACAAUAGGAACCUAUGUUUGGUGGCAAUAUCCACAUUUCAGAUUAGAAGGUGAAGCCUACAUACAUUAUAAGGCAAUGCUCAUUAGUCUUGCCAUACAUUUAAUAUUGUUAAUGUUUGAGCUGCUUGUGUGUGACCAAUUGACUACAUAUCGCCAUUUUUGGAUUCUUAUUUUCAUACCAUUAAUAUUUAUAAGCAUAGUAUCUAUUGCUAUUUGUAUAUGGUGUGUAAAACAUGACCGAAGUUAUGAGUUGGAACUAUUUUGUGCUGUUAACAUUCUACAAUUCAUAUUUUUGGCUUUGAAAUUAGAUACCAUUAUAACUUGGUCUUGGGAAGUGGUUUUUGUGCCUCUUUGGAUACUAAUGUGUCUUAGUUUGGUUGGUGUGCUAUAUAGCAUAAUGUUCGCGGGUAUUCUUCUACGCUCGCCCGAAGCCAACAUCCAACAGCGGAGAACGAGUUUUAACUCCGCCAUGGCCUAUACAUUCACUGUUGUACCUAUUUUGGUGUUCCUGGUUCUACUAACAAAUAAGUUGGAUGAUAGUCCAGACAACAGAUUUACAUACAUCGUAGUAGUCAGCCCACUGUUUGUCACUUACGCUACGCUUAUUAUCAUGUCAUUCAGCUCCAAAGGAGGUAAUAAAUGGUGGUUUGGGAUUCGAAAAGACUUCUGCCAGUUCCUUCUAUCAGUGUUUCCUUUACUGCAAGAGUACGCAAAUAUCGCGUAUAAUAAUAACGUCAAUCGUGGAUCGGUUCCAAACGAACCCGUUAAUCAAGAACCUUAUAGAGACGAAGAAAAGAAAGUCCAUAGAAAACAGAAGAAUCAAAAGAAAAAUGAAGCUUUAAAGCCCGUCGUACCAGUAACUAGCAUAGAUAUGCCCGAUUGAAAAUCCAAUAUUCAAUCCUGGGUCAAUCAAGAGAAUCAAGGUAAAUUAUGCCAAUUUUUUAUAACUAACAAUUAAUUGGUAAUAUAUUUGAUCUUAAUUGAUGAGAAAUUAUUAUAAGUUUAAUCAGCAAAUGCCUAAUAUAUACCCGCGAAAACGUUGGCCGCCAUGUUUGUAUUCCUUAUGUCAAUAUAGUAAAUGUCAAAUUAUGAUGGCUGACAAAGACAAUAAACGAAAUAAAGGUGCAUAUUUAAAAAUGUCAACCAUUAUCAACUGGUUAUUUGUUCAGAGAAUGUUAUUAAAAUUUACACUUUUUUCACAAUUGUAUACACAGCUGUAUGCGAGCUUCAGAAAAUGGGAAUCAAGUUUUACUUUAGUUUUUAGUAUUAAAUUAUAUGAAACUCAAUAAUUUGCACAAUAGUAUUUAGUAUAUAUUUAAUUGCACAAUUAUCUUUUUUUAAUAACUUAGAAUGCGUUAAAACUGGGUGGGGUAAUUAAACCAUAGACAAGGCGAGUCUGUAGGAAGAGUAGGAUAGCUUAUCUCGCUCCCCCAGAUUGUACCAGUUACAGAUGACAAAGAUAGUAUGAAGCAAAGAGAAUAAGAAUUCCUAUAUAAUUUUGUAUUCAGGUCAACUAUAUGAAACGUGGGUAUUAUUUUCGUUAACUCUGUUUUUUAAGGAGUGAAUUUUGUUUUAGACCAUGAGCAGCAUGACAGUAAAGUAGUCUUUUUUGUAUUUAUAUUGAACCCUUACUGUUAUUUCAAUAAUGUGUUCAGUUGUCAAUAGUUUGUACAUGCAUAGCUAACAAUUCACAAGUAUAAGCCUUAAAUAGCUAUUUAAUGUUUUGCCCUCAUCACCCCAGUGUAACAGAGACAAAAUUAUAGCGGGAUAGGGAUUCAUUGAUUCCAGUGUCUGAUUAGCCCAUUAAAAUCAUCUCAUUUUUUUAUAAUAAAUUAAGCGUAUUUCCCUAUUAUUUUGAUUUAGUUUUCAGUCAGUAAAGUCAACGUAUAUUACAUAAAAUGAUUCACAUUGUAAGUCAUUUCGUACAUUAUACAAAUUCGUAUUUGCAAUUGCUAAUGAAAAGUGAUUUUUUUAGUAUUAAAUUAUUUUGUGUGUAAAAAGUAUUUAGUCCGUAGUUUUGUGAUGCAGAUAUAUAUAAUUGUACAGAAUGACAAGCACAAUGAGUCGUCAGAGAUCAUCAGUCUAAAAUAAUCUUCCUAACAAAAUUAAACGUAGCUAAAACCUAUGUAUGUCAUUGAAGUCGAAAGCUGAAUUUGAUCUAUAGAAUUGCUAUAUUCCAAAUCUCACAAAAGUCGGUUUCGGAUAUAAAUUAUUAAAAAAGAUUGAAGGUAGCCGAUAUUUUACGAAACAAAUAUAUUAUAUGUACUUGAACCGAAUUUAGAAACAAAGCUUGCUGAAUUUGGAAAGUAUCUCGGAAUUUAAGUAAAUUAUGAAAAUCAAUUUCUCUAAAUGCUAGAUGUCCUUCGUGACAUGAACUAAUAAAUCCUUUGUUCUUUAUUUGGUGGAUAAGUUAUUCGGAUUUUAUUGUAUUUAACCACGCAUAUUUCCUCUUUACGGUUAUUUUUUAUAUUAGUUUAUGUAUAACCACUAAAUCAAGUCUAUGUAAGCAAGUAUGACACUUGCUUUAAAAAAUCUGGUGAAAAAUAAUGUACUGGAAUUUCAAAUGUAUAACGUAUAUUUAAUUACUGUGCACAAAACUGAAUCAUAUUUAUAAACCUAAAUAACUUAGAAUAUUUAGUAAUAUGACCCUACAAAAUGUUAGUUUUUGGAUGUUUAUAGUGCGUUCAUUUGUUAUAGACAUGACAAUGUACUUUUUAUUUUCCCGCACUUCUAGUAUUAUCUGUGUUAAUCAUAGAGCUAGUUUCAAAUGUAUAAACGUUCAUAGAAGUAUGUUGUUGGAACAAUAGACGUAAUUUAUAAUUUUUAUAGAUACAAAAUAAUUCGACCAAUACAAAUAAAGAAAACAUUGGAAAGAAAAGUGUACAAUAAUAACUAGAAUAUUGAAAUGCGUAAUAUUGUUUCUUAGAAUACCACGGCAACUAUAUAUAUAUAUACAACUAUUUAGUAAUAAAACGAUAGCAUCCAUUUUAUUGUUAUACAAUCAUUAUAUUUGCUUGCGAUGAUAAAAUUGUACCCCAAUUAAAUGCCGGCAAUCAUUGUAUAUCAAGCAUUGCUCUUCAUAUCAUUGGUGUUUUAAAUAUAAAUGGUGCUUUAAAUUUUAGAAUAUAUUUGUAAAUAUUGUUUAAAGUUAUGUAAAGGGUUCAAAUGAUGCAAGUAGAGAAUAUGGAUGUACUUAAAGAGAUUUAGUAAAAAAUUACUGAUUCUUCUACUGUUCGCCAUACUUUUUUUAUUCUUUAUUUUACAAAAUAAUAUAUAAUAAUACAAUAUGUUACAUUAGAAACCCACUGUGAUUUGAAUUAAUGUAACUGGUAACUUGGUAUGUGUGUCGCGUCAUUGUUAAACUUAAACGGUAAGAAUUUAUUUUCGUAUAUUAAAAGCAGAGUGAUUAAUCUGGCGUAUAUUUAAUUUGUAUAAUUAACCACUAUCAAAACUUAAUCAACUUGGUUUAAAUAAAAAUAGCUGGUUUUCGGGAAAGAAAUGGAAUUCUCAAUUGUAUAGGCAGCGGCACGUAAGUCUAGCGCUGGUCGAUACGUGGAGCGGAUUGCUAUUGUGUACUGUGGUGCGGGGGACGGAAUGCGACUGGAGAGCCAAUCGACGCUCUUCAUUCCGCUAGCCCCCCUCAGGUUUUUUACUUCUGCGCAAUAACGGUCAGCGCUAGAGUUUCGUGCCGCUACUUGUAUUAAACUAAUCGUCGACUUUUCGCAUACUUAGGUAAAUAAAAUUUAAAUAGCUAUUUCAUUAAGUAGAUGCAUAUUCUCUACGAUCUUUUUAAGUUUUAAGUCAUAAUUUAUGUAUUUGUUAUUAGGCACUUGAAUGUUAAGCAGUAGGUGCAAUUAGGUACGAAGUAUUUUUUUAAUUAGAUGUAACUAAUUUAAGAUUUUUGUUGCAUAACAAUGAAUUAAUACUGUGAUAUACUCUUCCUAUUCGCUUCUCAGAAUGUUAUUUUGUUAAUAUUUUUUGUUUCAAAUAAAGUGUGCAGUUGUUAAGCGA